GGUAAGAUGGAUUCAGAACUGGAUGACCCAACCUUAGAAAGGCAUUUUAAAGGACACAAAGAUGCGGUAACAUCCGUGGAUUUCCACCCUAAUGCCAAACAAUUAGUAUUUGUUUUCAUCACACAUUCAAAUGAUUCGUAUUGUAUGGUUGGAUGAUGGCUCCAUUUUAGGCCGAUUUCAAAAAAUGGCGACACCAAGUUUUUCUAGUGGAAAACUAACCCAGCCUUGGGCUUCAGGUGGAAUGGAUAGCAUUCUCAUGUUAUGGAGCUUUAGACCGCCAAUGAGAGCCUAUAAAUUCGAUGAUCAUAAGGAUGCGAUAUUUAGCAUAGCUUUUUCGCCUACUGGUCAUCUCUUAGCAUCUGGUUCGAGGGAUAAAACUGUCAGAUUAUGGGUCCCAUCUAUAAAAGGUGAAUCGACAGUAUUUAAAGCUCACAUGGCAACUGUUCGGAGUGUUGAUUUUUCGAACGAUGGCUUAUUAUUGUUGACCUCUUCAGACGACAAGACUGUUAAACUAUGGUCUGUACAAAGACAGAGAUACCAGUACAGUUUUUCUCAGCACACGAAUUGGGUACGAUGUGCCAAAUUUUCGCCGGAUAGUCAAUUGAUAGUUACGGCAAGCGAUGAUAAAACUAUUAAAUUAUGGGACCGUAUAACAAAAGAUUGCAUUCACACAUAUUUUGAACAUCACGGAUUCGCUAAUUAUGUGGAAUUUCACCCAGGGGGAACUAGUUUUGCCGCGGCAUGCACAGACAGAACGAUUAAAAUAUGGGAUGUUAGGAAUCAUAAAAUGUUGCAGCAUUAUCAGGCACAUGAUGCAUCAGUUAAUUCGCUAUCUUUCCAUCCAUCGGGAAAUUAUAUCAUUAGUGCUUCAAGUGAUUCUACGCUGAAAAUUUUAGAUCUUAUGGAAGGCCGUUUAUAUUAUACUUUGCAUGGUCAUCAGGGUUCCGUGUUAACAGUAAAAUUUUCGAAAACUGGAGAGUAUUUUGCAUCAGGUGGAGCCGAUGAACAAGUUUUGAUCUGGAAAACAAAUUUCGAUGAUGCAGAUUAUGGCGCUGCCUAUCCCAGAGGUAAAGUUGUAACUCAUAUACCACCGUCAUUAUCAAUAGAAGGCAUAACCCCUAAGACUACAAACUUAAUGACGCCAGCAGCUAUGUCAUCCACUACUUCUAUUGAAAAAGGCACAAAUUUGAACCCAAUCCACGGUGGUAGCAUAAGGAAGGCCAAAAAUUCGAUGAAGGUUAUGGUCGAAACCGAAGAAUCAAUGGCAAAUAAAUCGGAUGUGAAUGAUUUGAGAUCUUCCAUGGAUCACGUGAUUAAGCAAUUAGAAGAAUUGACCCAGACAGUUUCCAUAAUUGAAGAAAGGACAACUAUGACUGAAAAUAAAGUAACAGAUAUGAUACAAAAUCAACGAAGCGAUGAUAAAUAAGAAUUCCAUUAAAAUUUGUUCUAUAUUAUAUUUUAAUUGACAAAUUAAUAUAUAUCGCCCGCAACGUUUUCUCGCAUUUAUAUUAGCCUUGAUUUCUGUAAAAAUCUUAAAUUCCCGGUUUAAUACCUGGUCAAGUUAUAAGCGGGUUACAACCAUAGUAUACUUAAAUAAUAUUUAAUGCAAAAAAAUAAUUUAUUUAAAAAAGUUCAAUGCAAAAUGUAAUGCAAAAUUUUAAUUAUGGUAUUAUAUAAAUUUGGUGUUGUUUGAUAAAACAUUUUGAC